AUGGCGCGGCGAACUCAGGUUGCCGCUCCCUCCCGCUAUGCGCGUCGUAGCCGUCAAUUGCCGUUGAAAGUAUGCCUCUCAGCGGUGCUUUUAGCGAUAGCAACAGCAACUACAACAAUAGCUGAAACGGGUCUGCAGACAGCAGACGCGCGUGACGCUCACGCCAAUCGGAGCAUCCGCGGAGAAUUCCGAAACCAUUUUAACGGAGGCGAUGAGAACGAAUGCGCUUAUGACGAGGGGGGGAGCGGAGAGGGAGGAGAGGAGAUAGGAUGUGGUGAGCGGAGGGCGAGGAGCAGGAGGGAGCUGCAAGCGAGAUAUGCGAUACAGGAAGCGCUUCUUGGUAUAUGGUCGGAACAAUAUUACCUUCCACCCUCCUCCGCUCCCCCAUUCCUCCUCCUCCCAACCUCCUUCGCCCUCCUCGCCUCCCCUCCCCCGCCAACCACCACCGCCGCAGCAUCCGCGUUCGCCUCCGCCUUCCCCUUCCCCCCAACCCUCCCCCCGCCCUCCCCGCCCCACUUAGAGGACUGCUUCGCCCGCACGUCCACGCGCAUGCGCCUGGAGAUGCAGCACCCGGGGGGAAUUGAGGGGGAGGGGUCCAGAAGUGGGGGGAAGGGGCCGUCCUGGUUGGGGGGGGAAUGGUAUCGAGAGCCGGGGGGGGCGGGUGCAGGAGAGACAGUGCGUGUGCGUGAGCGUGCGUCGCAGCCUGACACACGCACAUGGAGAUGCAUGGUUGGAAAGCAUGGGGGGAGGCAUGGAUGGGAGGCAUGGAUGGGAGGCAUGGAUGGGAGGCAUGGAUGGGAGGCAUGGAUGGGAGGCAUGGAUGGGAGGCAUGGAUGGGAGGCAUGGAUGGGAGACAUGGAUGGGAGGCAUGGAUGGGAGGCAUGGAUGGGAGGCAUGGAUGGGAGGCAUGGAUGGGAGGCAUGGAUGGGAGACAUGGGGGGGGGAGGCACGGGCUAUGCUGCUCUGCCACAGGGCCACUUGCUCUGCCCACAUGCUUUUCCUGCCAUCCCGAUCACAAACAUGCCUUCCUCCCUGCCUGCUCUGCUCCCCUUCCGUGGCUCUAUCCCUUCUCUCUACCUAUCCGUCUCUCCCCGCCUCUCUCACCCUAACUUCCUUCCUCCCCGUCCGCCCCUCUCUUUCCCGCGUAUCUCUACUCCCCUUCUCUCCCCGUUUCCCCACCUCCUGACUCAGGUGCGAGGCUCAGACACCUCGCUUCUGCCCUUCACCCGCAUGGCCCAGCGGGACGUCUGGCUACACCAAUUCCCCCCCUCCUCCUGCUCCCCCCCACCCACCCCUCCCGCGUCUACUCCCCCUCCUCGCGCCCCUCGCUUCCUACUCCUGCCCUGGCCUCAAUUCAACACGCAAGGAGAAGAAUCCGCAGCAGCAGCGGAAGCAGCAGCAACGGGGACGGAGAGCAGUGGAGCAGCGGGGGCAGGAGGACGAGUGGCGGAGGAGGAGGAGGUGGCAUCGGGGGUGGUGGCAGUGGCAGCGGCGCUGGCAGUGGGGCUUGCCACAGGGCGAAUAGUGGUGCCCGUGGACCAGGGCAGUGCGCUGCUGGGGGAGCAGGGGGCGCGGCAGGGGAGUGAGUCAAACGCUGCCGAGCUCUGUGAAGGUGCUGGGAAGGCGUCCUUCCACUGCCUCUUCUUCCCACUCACGUCCGCUGCCUGUCGAUCGUCCGCCCUCCAUCACGCUGCCUCCACCAAUCCUAACCGUCCAUCGGCCGCUGCCACCCUGGAGCAGGAGCUACUAUCAGACGACCCCAUCGUGUGGUUACCACCUGAAUUCGUAACCGCUGCAGCCGGAGACGCUGCUGCUGCGUACGCAGCACAGGCGGGGGGAGGGGAGGCAGCACGAUCACGAGAACGGGCGCCAGGAGGAGUGGGAGGGGCGCGGAAUGGAACUUGGAUGUGGGGUUACCUGCCACGGCUUGUUGGCAUGAGCAGAGGCAAGCUGGUGCUCGCACACCUCGCUCAGCGCAUCGCCAAGGCCAAGUCAGUUCCUUUCACCUCCUCCUCCUCCUCCCCCUCCUCCUCCUCCUCCUCCUCCUCCUCCUCCUCCUCCUCCUCCUCCUCCUCCUCCUCCUCCUCCUCCUCCUCCUCCUCCUCCUCCUCCUCCUCCUCCCCCCCCUUCCUCCUCCUCCUCUUCCUCAUUCUCCUCCGGGCUGGGACCGGCCCUGGGCGCAAGCACCGGUGGUUGUUGGCGCAGCUGCUGCGCUUCGUGCUGCGCUGGCCAUCCCUGCACACGUGCCAUCUCGCCAACACUGCACGCCACCACGCCCUGGGGGACCACGUGUCGCUGCAGCUCGCCUCCUCCUACUCCGCCCUCCUCUCCCUCCCUGAGACCGAUCCUCCUGCCCAUGCCGCUGCUGAUGCCGCUGCUGGCGCUGCUGCUGCUGCUGCUGGUGGUGCUGCUGCUGAGGGUGGUGCUGAUUCCGGUCCUGGAGGUGAAGCAGCAGCGGUGGGUGAUGCAACGGGUAUGCGCAAGGCUGGAGGAGGAGCAGACGAGGGAUGGGGCAGGGGCGAGGAUGAGUGGAGCGAGGAGUACGAGUCGCCUUGGCAGCCUGCGAAAGAGAGCAGUGCGGCCCAUGCAGCAGCAGCAGCGCGGGCACUGAGCGAGCAGCCGCUACUGGAAGGGCUACCGCCCAAGGAGCUCUAUGCCAUGCGCUCCUUCUCCCUCUCCCCUGCCUCCUCCCUCCACUCCUCCCUCUGGGCAUGGGACGACGCAGGCGGACCAGAGCCAUACGUGCCCCGCCCCAUUGCCAGCGUGCACGUGGGGAAGGCGUCGGAAUGGGGGAAGGAUGAGGGUCCCGGGGGAGAGGGUGUGGCAGCAGGGUGGCUGGUGCAGGUGCAGCAGCAGCGGCUGAGAGUGCCGAAUCUGAAGACUCUGUGGAUGUCCAUACCGGGGGAAUGCCAGCUGGUGGCCUCUCUGCCCAGGGGAUGGACCUGCAUGGCCCCACCCACCCCUUCCAAUCCAGCCGUCCCCACUACAACAGAGCCUGCUGUUGCUGCUAGUGCUGGUGCUGCUGCGGCUGCCCAAACAGUGGCGUCUCUAUUGAUAGCUGGGAGAUGCGAUGUGCAUGUGGACGGCGGGGUAGCAGCAGGGCAGCAGCAGCAGCAGCAGCUUGUGGGGCAAGCGGAUUUGGAUGUGUGUUUAGCCAUCGCAAGCGUGUGCGAGCAGCUCUACUCCCGCGACCUUCGCCAAACGCACCCCUUCGCCGACCUCGUUCACAGCCACACGAGCCUGCAGGCACAGGCCGCCACGUGGCAGCGCCAGAGCGAGGCGGAGCGGGUGCGCGCGGCGAGCCUGCAGGAGGAGAAGGCGGCGCUGCUGGCGCAGCUCAUGGCGCUUAACGAAUCGACCGCCACUGUACGCGUUACAAGCGCAAUUUCCAGUUCCACCUCCCCCCACGUUCUCCUGUGCCGUCAAUCCAUCUACUCCUUCUUACCAACUCUAUCCCAGUAUUCUCGUUAUCUCCUAACUCGCCUCUCAUUCCCUCUCCCCUGCUUCCCUUCUCUCCCAUGCCUCCCUUCUCCCUUCCGCCACAUGCUCCCUCGUCCCUGUGCUUCCCCUCCCCCUCCUCUCCUCCUCCUCUCCCUCCCUCCCAAGCCCUCUCCCCCUCCCCUCCUCCAACAGUCGGAGCAGGUGACCUCAUUACAGCAGCGAGUGGAGCAGCUAUCAGCGGACGUGGCAGCGAGUGGAGCAGCUAUCAGCGGACGUGGCAGCGAGUGGAGCAGCUAUCAGCGGACGUGGCAGCGAGUGGCCUCUCUCCUCCCUGUGCAUCCCCUCCCUCCAAACCCCCUCUUCCCCCCCUUCCGCCCCACCCACUUCUCCCAACAGUCGGAGCAAGUAACCUCGCUGCAGCAGCGAGUGGAGCAGCUGUCAGCGGACGUGGCAGCAAGUGGGCGCACGGCAGCGCAGGCCAGUGGCGAGCUCGUGACAGCCGUGGCGGCGGUGGCGGCGCUGAGGGACGACGCGGGCAUCAAGGCAGAGCGGAUUCGCACUCUGGAGGAGGAGCUGCGCGCUGCCCUCAGUGGUAGGGCGGCGCUGAGGGACGACGCGGGCAUCAAGGCGGACCGCAUCCGCUCUCUGGAGGAGGAGCUGCGCGCUGCCCUCGAGGCAGUGCAGGAGCUGCGGGGAGCGGUGCAGCACAAGGAGACAGCCAUCGAGUUGGCAGCAGCAGAGGCAGCGGCGUGCCGGGCGGAGGUGCGGGCAGCAGAGGAGAGGGCGGCGGGCGUGGAGCGCGAGAACCGCAUGCUGGUGGACCGAUGGACGCACCUCAAACUGCACCAGGCUGACACACUCAAUGAGGCCAAUCAGCUGUACGAGGAUCUGGUGGAGCGCACGCGCGCCUCCUCCCGCGCGCUGCAGCACCUGGCCUCACAACAACCCCUCGGCAUCCUCCAGCUCGCCGAGCCCGGCGUCUCCCCCCGCCUCGUCUCCACGCACGCCCCCUCGCGCGCCCUGCGCUCGCACCGCUGCCACGACUCCGCGUGCUGCUCGCUCGCCAUGAGCGCUGCGGGCCACCGCGUGAUCACAGGCGGGGAGGAUGGGGCAGUCAAGGUGUGGGAUGCGCACAGGAGUGCGCUGCUGGAUACGGCUAGAGGGUGCCUGGGGGCUGUUAUGGACCUUGCUGUGCUGGGGAGUGAGGGUGGUGGGGGAGGGGGAGGGGGAGCGGACGGCAGGAGGCGCAGCAGCGGUGGUGGUUCUAAUGGUGCGGAUUCGGCCCCGUCGCUCCCCCACGGUUUUUCUGCGCUGCUGGCGGCGUGCUCGGACCACAAGCUGUACCUAUGGGAUGCUGCCACGUGGCAGCUGAGGCACACGCUCACGGGGCACACGGACAAGGUCGUAGCAGUGGACGUGGACGAACACAGAGGGGGGGGCACUGGCACAACUGGGGGAGGUGGUAUCGCCAGCAGCAGCAGCACCAGCAGCAGUGCGCGGGCCAUCAGUGCGGCGUACGAUCGCAGCAUGAAGCUAUGGGACCUGGAGCGCGGCUUUGCCACAGUCACCUUGCUCUGCCACAGCAACUGCAAUGCUCUGCGCUUUGCCCCGGGGGGACUUUCCGCAAUCUGUUCAGGCCACGCAGACGGACACCUGCGCAUGUGGGACGUGCGGUCGGGGAAGCUAGCCAACGAAGUAGCUGCUCACGCCGCAGCCAUCACCUCCCUCGCGCUCUCCUCCUCGGCCGUCUCGGCGCGUCACAGCGGCGGCGGCGCAUCUGCGGCGAGUAUCUACGAUUUGGUGACGUGCGGGCGGGACAACAUUCUCCGGGUGUUUGACCUGCGCUCGCUGGCAGCGAAGCAGGUGCUGAGGGGCCCGCAUGGGUUCAGAGUGGCGUCCAACUGGAGCCGUGCGUGUGUGAGCCCGACAGACGAGUACGUGGCAGCUGGCAGCAUGGAUGGGUCCGUGGUCGUGUGGAGCAGACGCACUGCUGCUGUGGAGCGCCACCUGAGGCCCGCGCCUGCCUUGGCUUCAGGUGCCGGUUCAGGUGCUGGUUCAGGUGGCUCUGCUGGCUUGGCCUCGGGAGCUGCUGCUGCUGCUGUAGCGCCUAUCUUGACGAGUGUGUGGGGAAGCUGUGGGUUGCCUUUGGUCACUGGUGACAGGGCUGGUGUGGUGACAACGUGGGAGUGA